AUGGAGGACUUUGACGAAGCCUCGACGUCGUUCAUAUCUUGGCUGCACAGUAACAACACCACCAUCUCGGACAAGAUCGAGCUCGCAGAUCUACGGCAGCAUGGAGCCGGACGGGGUGUUUUGUCAAAGGAGGACAUCGCCGACGACGAGGAGCUUUUCAGUAUACCUCGCUCAUCAAUCUUGACUAUCCAGACAUCGAACCUUUCAGCUGCCAUAAAAGCAAAACUCGACGACCCAUGGAUAGGCCUCAUUGCUGCAAUGGUCUUUGAACAUCAGCAGGGUCCUGAGUCGAAGUGGAAACCUUACUUCGAUGUCUUGCCAACGACGUUCGAUACUCUAAUGUUCUGGUCAGAGGAAGAGCUGAAAUGGCUGCAAGGCUCCGCGGUCGUGACCAAGAUCGGCAAAGAGAGUGCAGAUGCUUCUUUCAAGGACCAGAUAUUGCCACUAGUCAGAUCACACGCAGACGACUUCAGACUUGCUAGCGUCUCUGACGAAGAUGUCCUCGAACUAUGCCACAGGAUGGGCAGCACAAUCAUGGCCUACGCCUUCGAUCUCGAGAAGCCUUCAAACGAUGAACAAGCACAAGGCAACGAGGAGUGGGAGGAAGACGAAGAGGAGAACCUACACAAAGGCAUGGUACCACUGGCAGAUAUGCUGAAUGCAGACGCCGAUCGAAACAACGCCAAGCUAUUCUACGAGGAGGACAAGGUGAUCAUGAAGUCUAUCAGAGCCAUCAAGUCCGGAGAAGAGAUCUUCAACGAUUACGGCCCUCUUCCAACGGCAGAUGUGCUGCGCAGAUAUGGCUACACGACACCUAAUUAUGCGCAAUACGAUGUCGUUGAGAUACCACUUCACGAUAUCAAGAGUGCGGCGAGAAUCCAAGCCAAGACGAAAGAGGCGCAGGUCGAGGGAAGAUUGCAGUAUCUGGAAACCGAAGACGCCCUCGACGACGCAUACGAUGUUGCCCGAAGCGGUCAAGAGGAAGUUCCGCAGUUCUCAGACGAGCUGUGUGUUCUCGUCAAUACUCUUACACUACCGCAAGGCGAGUUCGAACAAUUCAAGAAGAGAAGCAAGUUACCGAAGCCUACACUCUCUGCAGCCGCGAUCGCUGUUCUCAUCGCUGUGGUGCAGACUCGACAGACGCAGCACCAAGACUCUUCGGACGAUGCUAGUGCCAUGGAGCUGGACGGGCAAAGCGCGCGGCGCAAAAGCAUGGCAGCGCAGGUCAUCAAAGGAGAAGUGAACGUAUUGCAAGAAGCCCUUGAUGCACUGCGGACCAUGUCGAGCAACACAGCGAACGACAAGCGCAAGGCGACGGACGAUAGCUUAUCAACGACAAAGAAGCACAAGCGCUGA